AUGACACCUAAUGAAAAGUCGUUGCUUAACCAUAAGCUAAAACUCUUGGAUAAUCAAUCAAAUUCGGAAACUCCAGAUUCUUACUCUUUAAUUAUUACUCAAAAGUCAGUUAAACGAGUUAGUGUCGAUUCAAAAUCACGAUCAUAUUCAAGAGAAGAUCGAUCUCCGUAUUCAAAUUAUAAUUCUUCUCCAUGGAUCAAUGCAGUAUUUGAUUCACCUGUAUCCUUGAAAAUUAGACUUGAUUUCUUAACAGCAAGAAGACUAAUAUACUCUCGUGUGUUUUUUAAUAAAUGGAAACAACGUUAUUACAAAAUUCACCCAAGAAGAUCAUCAUCUAUUAAUUCACCACGUAUUAAAAAGCAUGACAAUACACAGCAAAUUCAUAUAGACAGUGAGUUAUCGUUUUUAAGGCAACAAAACAAAAAAUCUGAAAAACGUUUUAAGAAAAUUACACCAGAUUUAGCAAAUGAUAAGCAAACUCAAACAUGUUUCGUAUCUGAUACAGAACCACAAGGAGUUUACAUUGCAAAAUCCAAAAUAAAUGAAGAUAAUCAAAAUUCUUCUGAUAUCGACAGAGAAUUCGAAGAAACUAUUACAAGCAUAAGAAAACGUCGCUACAAGAAUACAACCAUUACUACAGAUCCGAAAAAUAAUGAAUAUCAAGAAUCCGAUGAAUCUGAUAAAGAAACCAACACUGAUGGAUUUGUUUUUGAGACUCCUAAGCCAGAAAAAAAGUCAAAGACAUCAAUAAAAGAGAUAAAAAGCGAUCUUUCAGAAAAAUCUUUGAAAAAUGUGAGUGGAUACUUGAUUUCAAGAAUGAAACCACAACCAAACAAUGCAAGAAUACAGUUAACUGAGUCUUCUUCUUCAGAUUCAGAUGAUUUCACAAAUUUUGUUUUGAAAGACGUAGAUUUAGAAGAAUUUUCAAAAAAGAGGAAACAGAAACAAUCUCCAAAGCCAAAAAGAAAAUCCAGCAAAAGUCCGAAAAUUGAUUGGGUAAAAGCAAGCGAAAGAAUGAACAAAACACUCUCUGUAGAAGAGAAACUUGCAAAGAGAAGGUUGCUAAAGGAAAUGGCUGAAAAGGAAGCUGAACAACAAAAUUCUGAAAAUGAAAAAUCUCCAGACUUGGUUUGGAAGCUCCAUGAUCAGAAGAAAUUCGAAAGAAAAAAUAUCAAACCACAAAAUGAUAUCAAAACGACGCCAAAUAAAGAAAAUAAAAUUAAUCAAAAUAAUUCUUCAAAUUUAGAUCAUAAUCUUUCGGAUUCUGGUAAUGAAGCUGAAACAAAGUCAAAGAGAUCCAAUUUGUCGUUCCAAAGUUUUCUAAUUAGUGAUGAAAUUUUAGGAACACCUGCAAAACCAAUGUUAGAAACUUCACCAGCAAAUGAGAAGGAAGUCUACUCAAAUCCUCACUUGAAAUCUUCUAAAAGUCAAAAAUCUUCCGAAAUCGAAAAUGAGUCUAAAAUCAAUGGAGAAAAUGACAAUAAUGAAGAAGAAAAUGAAGAUAACGAAAUGAACAAUGACAAUGAUAUUUUAGAUAAGUCAAAUGUAAAGAUGAAAUCAAGGCCAAAUAAACGAAAAUACAAUGACAGUACUGACCUUGAUUUCAGAUCACGUAAUUCGCCAAAGGAGAAAGACUACAGUCUGUUCAUGAAUUACGAAGAUAAAAAACCUCAAAGAAAAGCAAAAUUAAAAGAUUUGGUAUCAAAUCAAGGCCAAAAUGAAACAAACCAAUUGAACAAUGAUGAUUUAUACCUUAGAGAUGAUGAUUACAUAGAAAACUUAUCUAAAAAGUCCAAAAUGAAAAAUGAUGAUAAUGAAACCUUUCAAUUUAAAGGUUUUAAUGCCAACAAUGAUCAAGACUAUGAAUAUAUGCCACGAUACAAUGAUCAUUCUCCUAAGAAUUCAAAAUCAUCGAAACAAAAACAAAAAUAUCAAAACGUUGAAGCAAAUGCCGGUGAUGUUCCUUACUCUAAUGAUAAUAACCAGUACGAAUACGAGCUGAAUGAAGAGAAAUCUUCAUCUGCCAAAAAGAUGAAAGUAAAUCAACGCAAUUUAACAGACAAUACUACUUACACAAAGCCACCAAUCAUGGCAAUGACCAAAUCACGUCAAAUUUCUGAAGAAAAACCACCAAAUAUUAUUAUUCCAGAUAAACCAAUUGAAGCAAAGCAUUUUGAUGAUCUUCCUGAUAUACAAAUAGAACUACAAAGCGUCACAACACCAAGAAAGAGUCCAAAAGAGAAAUCGAAAGCAUCUCCUCAAAAUCUCCAAAUUCAAAAGAUUUCUCAGAUGGAAUUCUCUCCUUGGGAUGAUCCAGAGGAAUAUCAUCCUGCAAAAUAUACAAAUUCUCCAAAGAAUGAAAAUAUUAUUUCAAAAUCUUCAGAGUCUCCGAAAUCUAGUCAUACUCCAACGAUAAAUAAGUCUGUAGUAAACAGAAUCCGCAUGAAUCAUCGAAAAUCUCAAAAAGAUUCACCAAAAUCAGGAAAUCUCAACUCUCCAAACGAAGAAAGCUCAUUUUAUAACAGAAAUAUUGCUAUUGAUGGAAGGAGCCACAGUAUGGAGAUAUUCCUGUUGAAUAAAGGCUCUCCUUCCAAAAUAGCCGAUUAUGUCCGAGCAAAUGAGGUAGCAGACAGUAAUCCAUCCACUCCAAGACAUGAAAAAGGCAUAAAACAUGCGGAAACUUCAUCAGAAAUCAAAAUUUCCCAAAGGAAAUCCAGAAAAUCCAAAAUUGUUGACGGCCACAUUAAACCGGCAGAGCUGGACAAUCCGAAACUGAUCAAUGAAUUCAAUUCCCUCCACGAUCGACUUUCAAAUAUCCAAAUGGGAAUUUCGAAUUCGGCUGAGAACUUCAGCUUCGACUUGAUGGCCCAUGUCAUACAAGAUGCAGAGAAAGCGAAGAAGGAAAAGUCAAAGAUUUCCCAGAAAAUUCCAAAAUAUGAAAAUUCUGACAGCCUAUUGACGAAAUCUCCGACUGAAAACGAUAGUCCGAAAUCGAAAUUCGCCAUUUUCGAUGUAAAAUCUCCUUCAUCAAAUAAUUCUACUUCAUCUCCUUUAGUUUCGCCAACAAUGAAGAUGGAACUGGUCACAGAUGACAUAUUUGAUGUAAACAGAACACCAAAACAUGAAAAACAUAAACAUAAAAAUGAUCAAUCAAAUCUUAAGGAGAAACUGUCUCCAAAUGAUUCCAAUGAUCAUGGUUUCAUCAGUUCUCCAACGAAAUCUCCUAAAUAUUCCUUGGAUUUGAACAUUUCCCCUCAAAAAGAAAAUUCCUCUGAAAAACCACUUCCUCCGACCAAUUUACAGAAGAAUAUUUCUCCAAAGAAAGAAAAAUCUUUUUCAGAAGAAAAAACUUCAAAUUCCGAAAAAUUAUCUUCUGGAAAGAAGCAAAAAGAAGAGAAAACCAACAUAUCUACUCCAUUAUCUCAAAAUAAUUUGGUUUCUGAUGAUAAAUACAAUAAUUUUGAAAAAUCUGACAAAAUUAUCACUAAAAAUGAAUCUCCAAGUAGAGUUGAUGCAUCAACAUCACCAGAUAUUCCAUUGCCUCUACCACAAAUCCAGUCUCCACCGAAGAAAUUCGAUAUUUUCGGUCCAAUUGAAGAAAAUCCAGAAAAUAACGCUAAAUCUGAUGAAGGUGGAUAUAUAAUAAUAGAUAGUGAUAAAGAAGAAGAGAAACCAAGGCAAAGAAAACACAGAAAUUCAACACAAAGGAGAUAUUCAACAGAUACAACAGAAGGAAAGCUUCUUAUACUUGAAAAGGCACAACGAAGACUUAGUGAUUACUUAGAUAACGAAGAAAUCGAAGAAAAACAACAAAUUCCUGAAAUUAAAUCUUCAUUAGUCGAAAAACCGCCAGAAAAGAAGCCAAAGUUUAUAGAAACAGAGAUUCCCAAACCAAAAGGAAUGGUCAAGUUCAAAGAAUUCUCAGCAAGUGACAGCGAACCAGGAUUACCGAUAUAUGAUCCAAAUCCGAAGCGAAAUCCGAAAUCUGACUUCUCAGAAAUGUCAGACAUAUCGGAAUUCGAAGUUACUCCUGUUCUUCCUGAUCAAGAAGUCCAGUUUUCCCAAUCAGAACUUUUAUCAAGGAAUAUCGAAGAAGGAAUCGAUGAGAAAUCGAAGAUUCCUGCAGAAACACCCCCUUCCAAAGGUACUCCUGUUAGUAAUUCCUCAAAAUACUCGAAUAAUAAAGAAGAAUUUGGCCAAACGAAGAAAUCUAGCAGAAGAACACCGAAACAAAGGAGAAGGAGUUACCAAUUCAUCGAAAAAGAUUACGAAAACGAUGUUUUCACCCCAUCAAAGCUGGAAAUUACGACUCCGAGGUCAGGAACGUUUAAAGAUUCACCUGAUUCGAAAUCUAAUGUAUCAAGUGUUACGAAAUUGCAGGUUUCGCCUCCAAAAAUUGCGAAAUCUAAAUCAGAAAUUUCAAAUAAUCUUGAAUUGUCACCUUUAUCAACAAAUGAGCGGCCAAACCAACUGAACAAGCUCUCCGUUUCACCUCCGAAGAUCGAUGACGUCCAGAAAUUGGAGAUUUCACCAUCAAAAGCGGAAGAAAGAACUGAAAAGCCAGAUUUGGCCAUUUCUGUGGCCAAUUCAAGGGAAAUCCCGAAGAAUGAAAAGGAAUUUUUGAGAAUUUCAUCGAAUAAUUGGAUUUAUUCAAACGAAGAAAAGGAAAACAAUGGAUUUUCUUCAACUCCAAACGAAGGAAAUCAACUGGUUCAAUUUCUGAAAAUUCCAAUAAAUUUAAUGAGAUAUCGAAAGAUUUCGGAAAUUCAUCACCAAAAUCUUCUAAUUUGUCAUCAGAACAAACCAGAAAAGGAUCUCAGAAACUUUCAAUUUCAGUUCCAGAAGAAUCAGAAAAAAUUGUCCAAGAAAGAAGGAAUUUCCUUGUUGACAUGUCAGCAACAAACUCCUUCACGGCCUCUCUAUUAUUCUGUGUCUAAUUCGAUCAAUUCUCACACGGAAGAAGACGUUGACUUGGUUGGACUAGUUUUUGAUAUCGGAGAUUCUGAUAACAGUGAUAACAACGAUGAUCUUUUAAUUUCUCAAUUCAAAAAGAAAAAAUGA